AAGUCUAAACCCUUGGUAUCGAAGCAUUUGUUUUAUCAGUUUGAAUCUUCAAUUUAAUCUCAGAUUUAGAUCCAAAAUUCAGAGCAAGAUCUUUGCAUUGUUCAUCUCUUACUUUGUAAUGCUGUUGUUCUUUAUCGGAACCAACUCGGUGGACGCGAUCGAUUGACUCGUUCUCUUUUUGGAUCCUUGUUGACUCGGCGAGCUUGGCUUAGGAGACAUGGGUGGUGUGCCUUCAACGCCGCGAAACACCGGUGGUGAUGAUGUCUCGGUGGCGGAGUACCUCAUUGCGACUUUUGUUGGGGAGAAAUCGUUUCCUUUGGCGUCUGAUUUCUGGAACAAGCUCCUCGAGCUUCCGUUGAGUUCUCGGUGGCCUAGUGAUCGUGUUCAACAAGCCUGUGAACUUUUUGAACAAAGCAAUGGCUACACUAGGCACCUUGCAAAACUAUUGAUUCAUCUAUCUUGGUGUUUGCAAGAGCUUCUUCAAGCUUCUGAUGAUCAGUCUUCUAUCUAUAUGAAAGCUGUUAAUGCAACAUAUAUUUCUUCCGUGUUUUUGAAGUAUUUGAUUGAGAAUGGAAAAAUUGACAGUCUCCAAGAGUUGCAUCUCUCUCUGGACGAAAGUGAACCAGUCCCACAUGGCUUUGUAAUGGAUCAAGACAUCCAGAAUUUUGUCAUGCAUAGUGUGCUGAGCUUCAUUGGAUCAAAUGAAGUGAGUCCCAACUCGUAUGUUCUACAUCAGGAACUUCUGAACUUCAUGCUUGUUACAAUGUCGACACAGCUUCUUUCCGGACCAUCACCUGGACCAAGAGAUGCGAGCCCUUUUAUUGAUGCAGCAAUGUCUCAGGAAAAGUCUAUAGUCUGUCUCGUAGUCAGAAGAUUGCUACUUAAUUAUAUUUCCCGACACCGUACUCCUCCAAAUGCAAUUUCGUAUAUGUAUUCUGAUGGAGAUUCACAAGGCAUUUUGGGAAGAGUUGGUUCUGCAGCUGCGAGUUUUGUGCUCUUGCCUUUGAACUAUCUUGUAAGUAACAGUGGCGGAUCUAAAAAUCCACUAGCGGAGUGCAGCCUUCAUGUUUUACUUAUCCUAAUUAACUAUCACAAGUCUAUCAUGAGUGAUGAGUCUAUGACGGAUAAAAGUGAUGACAGUGCUACUUCGGAAUCAGUUUCUAAAGUCCAUGUAUUUUCCUCUGGCAAUACUUUUAGCAAGGCUCUAGCAAAUGCUAGAGAUGUUGAAUUUGACCGCUCAGAUGUGGAGGGAAAUGCCCACCCUGCUGGUCAACAUGUUCGGAUACCAUUUGCUUCACUAUUUGAUACUCUCGGCAUGUGUUUAGAUGAUGAGGGCGCUGUCUUGCUCCUCUACUCAUUGUUGCAAGGGAAUUCCGACUUUAAGGAGUAUGUGUUGGUGCGAACUGAUUUGGAUACUUUGUUGAUGCCCAUUCUGGAAACGCUGUAUAACGCUUCAAAGAGAACAUCAUCUAAUCAAAUAUACAUGAUGCUAAUUGUACUUCUCAUACUUAGUCAGGAUUCAUCUUUCAAUUCAAGCAUUCACAAGAUGAUACUGCCUAGCGUGCCAUGGUACAAGGAGCAUCUCCUUCAUCAGACGUCUCUUGGUUCCGUAAUGGUCAUUAUUCUCAUAAGAACAGUGCAGCAUAACCUUUCUAAACUUCGGGAUGUGUAUCUGCAGACUACUUGUCUUGCUACGUUGGCUAACAUGGCACCUCAUGCCCAUCAUUUAAGUGCAUAUGCCUCACAGAGGCUUGUCAGCCUUUUCUACAUGCUUUCUCGAAAGUAUAACAAGUUAUCGGAGUUGACAGGUGAUAAGGUCCAAAGCAUCAAAAUUAGCUUGUCAGGAGAGGAUCUUGACGUUUCAGAAGAUUUGGCAGCAGAGUUGCAGAUCUUUACUGAUUUCCUGAGACUUGUCCUAGAUAUAUUAAAUGCAAUUUUGACAUACGCAUUGCCGAGAAAUCCCGAGAUUGUCUAUGCGAUUAUGCACCGACAAGAAGUGUUCCAACCUUUCAAGAAUCAUCCGCAGUUCCAUGAGCUAGUGGAAAAUAUAUACACUGUCUUAGACUUUUUCAAUAGCCGCAUGGACUCUCAAAGAUCGGAUCGAGAAUGGUCAGUGCAGAAAGUUCUUCAAUUCAUCAUCAACAAUUGCCGGUCUUGGCGAGGUGAAGGCAUGAAGAUGUUUACUCAACUUCACUUCUCAUACGAGCAAGAAAGCCACCCAGAAGAGUUCUUUAUUCCAUAUGUUUGGCAGCUAGCUUUUUCCCGAUGUGGAUUCAGUUUUAAUCCAGACGCCAUCAACUUAUUCCCAGUGCCACACCCAGCUGGAAAAGAGAUAGAAGACGGAAGAGGAGAAGAAUCAGAAGGGAAAGAGAAGGUGCAAGAGUUGAAAGGACAGAGAAUCGUCUUCGAUCCAUAAGUAUUUUUCGAUAUAGGAGAGCUUCGAUGAGGGCGUAUGUAUAUAUUUAUACGGUCUAGGGUUCAAAUUAAUGUCUCCAAUAGUAUAUGUUUUUUAACAAUGUAACUUUUCAGUCUAUAGAUAUUCAAUCCAUUAAUAGAGGUACUCUCUCUUGAGCCUCUGGAGUCUUAAACCAAA